CAUUCUCCAGUGAUAAUAAAACUGAUCACAAAUCCCCCCACUCUCCUCAUCCCAAACACACCCACACAUUUCUUCCCCCUUUUCUCUCAUCUCCUCCCACACCAGCAACCUUCACACAGAUAUCUAUGGCCACCUUCGCCGCCACCACCGCCGUCUCCGUCCCCUCCCUCCCCCGCCUCCGGGCCGCCGGAGCAACAAUAACCCCUUCAAGACUCCUCCCAACCCCCGCGAAGGCGGUCCCUAGGGGACGGAGGCUCGCAGUCAAGGCCUCCUUGAGGGAAGCUGUAGGCACGGCAGCCGUGGCCGCGGCCACGGCCGCCACGCUGCUCUCCGGGAACGCCACAUGGGCGGCGGAGGUGAAGCUGGGGAGCGACGACGGGGCGCUGGCGUUCAUCCCCGGGGAGCUGAAAGUGGCCCCCGGGGAGACGAUCGUGUUCAGGAACAACGCGGGGUUCCCGCACAACGUGGUGUUCGACGAGGACGAGGUGCCGAGCGGGGUGGACGUGUCGAAGAUAUCGAUGAGCGAGGAGAACCUGCUGAACGCCCCGGGGGAGACGUUCACGGUGACCCUGACCGAGAAGGGGACCUACUCUUACUACUGCUCCCCUCACCAGGGCGCCGGCAUGGUUGGCAAGAUCAUUGUUGAGUGAAAUGAAGGAUUUGAAGAAGAUUUCUCUUCUCAUUUCUUUCUGUAUGAAACACUACUUUUCAAUGCUCUGCUUUGUGUUUGUUUACUCUUCUAUUAUCAAUAUUAAGAAAAUGAGGAACCCCAUUCCCUCCUCAAGAAAUUAUGAAUUACCGAGGUAAAUUGAGCUAUAAUUUUUGUAAGCCAGAUAACGUACGAGAUCGGGCAUGAGUUGUUUAU